AAGCCGCCGCCGCCGCCGCCGCUUUCCCUCUGAGUUCUUCUGACCCAGAAUCACCACCACAUCACGUUGCACAGAGAGGCACAGAGAGAGAACCAUGGGAGAGAACGGCGAAGCAGUCCGGCUCAAGCUCAAGCUCAAGCUCCGGCCAUCGCCUCCGCCCCCGGCGGCCGCCGCCCUCCUCCGCCGCAGGAACUCGAUCGCCACCUCCGUGGUCGUGCAACCCCUCCCCGCCGCCGCCGCCGCCGCCAAGCCCACCCCCGCCCACUCCCUCAGCUUCCCCAACGGCACCGCCGCCGCCCCGCCCCCGCUCGACCUCUCGGGCCACGCGUUCGCCUCCUACACCUCCCUUAAGGACAUCCUCCCCGCCGUUUCGUCCCCCGCCGGCUCCCCGACCGCCUCGGCCGCCGCCGCCGCCGCCGCCGCGAGCUCGUCCUACGAGAUAUCGAUCCGCAACCGCCUGGUGAACAGGGCCGCCUGGGCCUACCUCCGGCCGAUGUCCGCCUCCCCCGGAUCCGACGGCCCCCACCUCCUCCGCCGCCUCUGGCUCCGCCUCUCCGCCUGCCUCGGGUUCGUCUUCGACCGGAUCGUCCGCUUCUUCUCGCCGCUCCGCUCCGGGAGAUAGCCGCGGCCUCCCGUGACGUCGACGGCGUGGUUUUUUUUUUAUAAUGCUGGCGUCACAGGCAUCGUUCCCCCGACCAAACUGGUACGUAAUAAAAAAAAAUAUUUUUUAUUUUUUUGCGCGUCUUAUUUUUACAUAUCCUCUUAUACCAAAGUACUGUUGAUAAUACUCGAGUCGUAUUCACUCUCUGAUGUCCCAAUACUAAGUUUCAUACAUCAGUUGUAAUCUAUCUUUCUGAUUUUUUU